AUGCUUACACAAUUACAACAUAGUUAUUGCAAUAUAACAAUGUAUAGUACUUUACAAAUUACGAAACUUUACAACAAAUUUCUCAUGAAGUAUCCUCGUGAUUUUGGCAGUGAUACGAUUAGCUAUCGAGAACGUUUGGAAAUUUUUCAAGAAAAUGUACGCAUUAUAGAGGAAUCAAAUAAUGAAAAUAGUACCGCAACUUAUGAAAUUGGUAAAUUUGCCGAUUGGAAUGAUGAGGAACUUAAUGCGUUCUCUGAACCACUCCCUGAACCGGAUCGUUAUGUGUUCCGCGGCUAUGAUUAUGGUUGGAUUUAUUUAAUCUCAGAUGGCUCAUCAUAUCCACCCCGUUGGGAUUGGAGGGAGAAAGGCGGUGUAACUGCAGUUAAAAAUCAAUCAUAUAAGUGUAAUUCAUGUUAUGCGUAUGCCGUAACAGCAGUAAUAGAAUCAUUGUACGCGAUCAAAUAUCAACGAUAUAUUUCCAUAUCGGAAUACGAAAUGCUUGAUUGUGAUUAUACCAACAAUGGUUGUAAGAGUGGUAGUAUCAUGAGAUCGUUGACACGUGGAAAAUAUAUCGGCUUUACACAAUCAGUGAAUUAUCCGACAUUAUUGGGGAACAAUUACUACUGUCCAUUAUAUGGUGAAAUUUUCAUCAACAAAUUGUAUCAAAUCGAUCCGGAUCCGAAUGCAAUAGCUUGGUUUGUAGCAAAUGUCGCACCGGUUGCUUUGAAUCUUGCAUUUCCAAAACGGUACAAAUUCUACAAAUCCGGCGUAUUACCGGGGACCAGUGAAUGUUCAACAAUGGAGCCGAAUCAUGCAGUCGAAGUGAUCGGCUACGGUAUAGAAAAUGGCAAAAAAUAUUGGCUACUCAAAAACAGCUGGGGUGAAGGGUGGGGCGACCAAGGAUUCUUUAAAAUCGAACGAGGUAUCAACGCCUGCCAAGUUGAAACCUACGCAGCAUCGGCCAGUCUGUGA